AUGAUCCACGGCGCUGCUCUUCCAUCUGGAGUCGCCCCCGGUCUCUCGCAGGGUCAUCACGGCCGUGUGAAAGGUUCGCCCAAGCCUGUCAACUGCUCCCAGCCCCCGAGCUACAAGUCAGUUGCAUACUUUGUGAACUGGGCAAUCUAUGCCAGAAACCACAAUCCGCAGGACAUUGCAGCCGAGAAUCUCACCCACGUUCUCUACGCCUUUGCCAACCUCCGCGUCGACGGCGAGGUUUACCUUACUGAUUCCUGGUCCGAUGUGCAGAAGCACUACCCGGGAGACUCGUGGAACGAUGUCGGCAACAAUGCCUACGGAUGUACCAAGCAGCUCUUCCUCUUGAAGAAGAAGAACCGCCGCAUGAAGGUCAUGCUGUCGAUUGGCGGGUGGACCUACUCGAGUAACUUUGCCACGCCGGCGAGCACUGAGCAGGGACGCAAGAGGUUUGCGUCGACUGCGGUCAAGUUGAUGGGCGAUGUGGGAUUUGAUGGGUUGGAUAUUGAUUGGGAGUAUCCUGCAAAUGAUGCCCAGGCGAAUGAUAUGGUUUUGCUUCUGCGUGAGCUGCGCAUGGAACUUGACAAGUACGGACGGGAACAUGGCAAGGGCAAACACUUCUUGCUGAGCGUUGCCUCUCCAGCGGGCCCCACAAACUACAACGUUCUUCACCUCGCCAGCAUGGACGCCCAGCUCGACUUCUGGAACCUGAUGGCCUACGACUACGCCGGCAGCUGGGGCCCCGUCGCCGGCCACGCGUCCAGCCUCUACCCCGCGGCCAACAACCCGGCCUCCACCCCCUUCAACACGGACCAAGCGAUCAACGCGUACACCGCCGCGGGCAUCCCCCCGCACAAGAUCAACCUAGGGAUGCCCAUCUACGGCCGAUCCUUCGCCAACACCGACGGACCCGGCAAGCCCUUCAACGGCGUCGGGGGCGGAAGCUACGAGAACGGCAUCUGGGACUACAAGGCCCUCCCGCAGCCCGGGGCUAGCGUGACCGAGCUCAACGACAUCGGUGCCAGCUUCUCGUACGAUGCCGCUCGCAAGACGAUGGUCAGCUACGAUACGCCCAAUAUCGUCAAGCUGAAGGCCGAGUACAUCAAGAACAGGUGUCUGGGCGGGGGCAUGUUCUGGGAGACUUCGGGGGAUCGGAAGGGUCAGGAUAGUUUGAUUGUGACGUUGGUUGAUAAUCUUGGGGGUGUCAAUGUUUUGGAUAAGACUGAGAACCAGAUGGAGUACCCCAUUUCGCAGUACGAUAACAUCAGGAAGGGUGGAGCUGGAAACCCCUGAAAUUGGAUAUCUGAAUGGAUAGAGACUUUAGAAGGUUUUGUUGAUGGAGGCAUUUGUUCUGAGUCAUGAGCACGGAUUUUUGAGAUGUUGCUGUGUUGC